AUGCUAGAAGAUGAUCCUGCUAGAGCGGUCGCUGUCGGGAUGGACAUGGAUCCAGAGGUCAGGACCAACCCGGUGACUCUCCUUCGAGAAAAUGCUAACGUAUUCGCAUUCUCGGCGGAUGAGAUGCCAGGAAUAGACCCGGCCGUGAUGGUUCAUCGUCUAAACUUCAACAUGACAGUCCGUCCAGUAAAGCAGAAGAAAAGGGCUUUUUCGAUUGAGAAGAACAAGGCAAUCAAAGAGGAGGUGGAAAAAUUGAUAGUUGUCAGCUUCAUUGAACCAUGCGACUAUCCAGAAUGGCUAGCGAACGUAGUAAUGGUUAAAAAAGCUAACGGCCAAUGGCGCAUACAAGGUUCAAGCAAUCAUGAACCUCCUGGAGUCAAGAGGGGUCAAGGACAUCCAGAGAUUGACUGGAAGAAUGGCCGCCUUGACAAGUUCAUCUCAAAAUCAGCUGAUAAGGCUCUCCCAUUUUUCACGCUGCUAAGAGGAAACAAGAAGUUUGAAUGGGGAGAGGAGCAGAGUAAAGCCUUCUUGGCCAUAAAAGAACAUCAAACAAAACUGCCAAUAAUAUCAAGGCUUGAGAAUGGAGAUACACUGCAGUUAUAUAUCUCGACCUCGCUUAAAACUGUAGCGGCAGUAUUGCUAGUAGAAAAAGAGAAGCAGCAGCAUCCCAUAUACUUUGUCAGCCACAUCCUUAACGGCCCAGAAAGCCGCUACCAGCUGAUUGAGAAAAUAGCGUUGGCAGUCGUCAUAGCGGCCAGAAAGCUUAGACCCUAUUUUGACUGCCAUCCAAUACAAGUAUUAACGAAUCAACCGUUUGAGAAAGCGCUGCAAAGAACGGACACCUCUGGGCAUUUGCUGAAAUGGGCCGUUGAGUUGUCGGAGUAUGAUAUCCAAUAUAGGCCACAAACGGCCAUAAAGGCCCAGGCAUUGGCAGAUUUCAUAACAGAAGCAUAUGAAGAGGACGAGAUGGAGGAAAAAGAAUCAUGGCUGCUGGAGGUUGAUGGGUCUUCAGCCGCGAGCGGAGCAGGGGCCGGAAUCGUGAUAACAUGCCCAGAAGGAAAUGUUUUUGAAUACGCGAUCAAGAUUCACAGUUGGUUAGCGGCCAACUUAGAGGGGGAAUUUGAGUCCCGAGAGGCCAAUAUGAUAAAGUAUGUGGAGAAGUCCAAAGAGGUAGUAGCUCAACUUGAGCAGUUUGGGGUAGAAGCAAUCCCUAGAGCCGAGAAUAUAAAAGCACAUGCACUAUCAAAGCUCGCUAGCUCAGAUUCUGUCACUAUUGAAGGGAUGGUGCCAACCUUAUGCCCUAUACCGUUCGCUCAGUGGGGGAUGGAUAUCUUGGGGCCAUUCACUACCCCUACGGGAGGCAGGCGCUUUCUCAUCAUGGGAAUUGACUAUUUUACAAAGUGGAUUGAAGCGGAGCCGACAGCAAAGAAAAAGGCAAACCAGAUAAAGAAGUUUAUUUGGCAGAAUAUGAUGACUAGAUUUGGUAUCCCAGCCGCAAUCGUGUUCGAUCACGGAGUUCAAUUUGACUGUCGGCCCAUCCAAGCUUUUCUCACUGGUUUCCAGGUCAAAUUUGCCUACUCGGCAGUAUGCCAUCCGCAGAGUAACGGUCAAGCAGAAGCCGCUAACAAACAGAUUCUGAAUGCUUUCAAGAAGAAGUUGGAUGAGUUCAAAGGGAAGUGGGCCGAGAUGGUACCUGCCGUCCUAUGGGCAAAUAGAACAACUGAAAAAGAGGCGACAGGGGAAAGCCCUUUUAGGCUGACCUUUGGCGCAGAAGCAGUAUUACCAGUGGAGGUAAGGCUACCCACUUACCAGAUUAAACAUCAGAUCCUAGAGAAAAACGAUCAAGCAUUGAGGGAAAAUUUCGACUUCUUGCCCGAGCUAAGACUAAGGGCAGAACUGAGAGCAGCAAUGUACAAAGACAGGAUCAGUAAAGCUUAUAACAAGAGAGUCAUGGAAAGACCGUUAGCAGAGGGCGAGCUAGUCCUGCGACGAACGGCCGCUACCGGGAAAGCGCAUGCUGAAGGAAAAUUGUCCGCUAACUGGGAAGGGUCGUAUGUCAUUGCUCGGAAGAUCAAUCCUGGGUCCUUUAUCCUUAAGGGAAUGGACGGAAGAGAACUCAAAAAAUGCUGGAAUGCUGAUGUUUUGAAAAAGUAUUACGUUUAG